AUGCUCGGCCGUCUCCUCCUCAGCCUCUCAGGCAUAUCCCAGAUCCUCGGGCCCUUCAUCGCAGAUUUCAACGAGACACAUGUCAAGAACCCGAACUGGCCGCCUCAUGCACGUUUCCACAACGGCCAGACCAUGUCCAUGGGCCUGGGUCUGGGCCUGGCCACUUUAUACUUCACUCAUCGCCAUGGAUACGCCUUUUCUUCCCCCUCUGUAGGCGUGGCCAGGGAGAAAGAUAGUUUGAUGACCGCUGCUGUUUUCGGUAGCUUGUAUUGGCUCACUGGGCUGAGUGCUAUUUUGUAUCCUGGUAGUUUGGCUGUUGAUCCGGAGUUUGGAGAGGGGUUUCCUCAGUUUUGGCUGUUCUUGGGGCUUGCCGCGGCGAGUUGGGGGGGAUGGGGAUUGGAAAUUAUUAGGUUGAAUGGGGGUUUGAAAAAGAGAAGCUAG